GCGCAUCACUGGACAGACUUUACUGCGAAGUUAAAGCACAGGCGAAGCAAUGGAGAGGAACCGCUUCAAAAUGCUCGUUUAAUGUUUGAAGAAAAGUAAGAUGCCCAGUUUAUUGUCAUGUCCUGGUGGUCUAAUAGUCAUUGGUGUCAUCUAUCUCUUCUCUGUCAACAUCAAAUCGGAGAUAUGGACCAAUGAAGUUUCAGACGUCCAAUUUGGCAGACUGGGCUCCAGGGUCACCCUCACAUGCGGAGGCUCCCACGGCGGGUCUCCAGUGGAAUGGAGGCUCAAUGGAAGCUCAGUACAGCCGUGGCAGGCGCAGAUCUCAGAGGGUUCGCUUACGCUCCUGAACGCCACGCACUCUAUGGAGGGCAACUACAGCUGCCACGAUGUGAGUGGGACUUUACUGCAGAUCAUCAAACUACGGCUGGGACAUCAGCCUCAUUUUGUCCACAUUUCUUGCCGUGUACCAAAUCAUAAUAAAAUUUACUGCUCCUGGACUCAGACUAAGACAACACACCUGCCAACACGGUACAUCUCCUCCUACAGCACUAAAACGGGAGUGGUUGAACCCUGCGUGCAGGACUACAAUGGGGAGAAUGAAUGUUCCAUCACUGACCCUCCAUUCUGGGCUGCAAAGCUCCUGGUGACUGUCACUGAGAUCAACCCGCUGGGAUCCAAUUCCACCAUCUUCAAAGGAGAUUAUCCCAAACUCUUAAAACCAGAUCCUCCAGAGAAUGUUACAGUUGUGCAGGUGGAUGGUCAGCCCACCCAGUUACUGGUCCAGUGGAAAUAUCCUGAGUCCUGGCCUGAUGAAAUGACGGCCGCCUUUCCAUUAAAUUUCGUACUGCGAUACCGUCCAAUUGGCUCCAGCUUCUGGUCAUCGCUGGAAAUAGAGGAGACCAGCAGUCUAAGGAUUAUGGACGCUCUGGCGGGUCAUCUGCAUCAGAUCCAGGUCAAGGCUCAAGAUGCGCUAAACAACUACAGCCAGUGGAGCGAGUGGAGUCAUGUUGUAGAAGCUUGCCCGUGGACCGAGUCCUGGGAUGAGCCAACAGAGGAACCUUUUGGUAUUCCAUUUGUCGAAUCAUUUCCAGUCAGAGCAACCGAUAAGUCUCCAGAUUCAUCAGCAGACCAGAACGGAAGUCUUGGGCUCUUGGUUUUGGUGGGGCUGUUCCUGGCAAUCAUGGUGGCUGUUUUACUGACCAUCAUAGCCCUUCUAUGGGUGAGACAAAAGAAGCAAGACAUUGUGAAGAAUCAGGAACUGACCUCCAUGGUGAAGAUGAAGUCCAUACCGAUCUAAAAUUUGAUAAAUUGGCAUGAAUUCUGCGAUUCCGCUCUCAUAGGGCACAACGAUAGGGAGUCACCACAACACGGACAGACUACAGUACCCACAAUCCACCUCUCCUCUCGCUGCUAAGGGGAUGGGCUCCUUUCAGCAGAGCUCCGAGUCACGUGAACUGUGAAUGCGUACAGCUCGAUAAUGUAGCACAAUGCAAUAGAAAAACACCACGAUUUCUUUUUUUCUUAUUUCUUUCUGUUGAAAGCAAAUUCUAUGGACAGUGAAAAAUUAUAUUUCACAUAGUAUAUUUUUUUAUCACUCUUGCCUUCCUAUACAGUACUCUACUCAAUUUGUGACACUUGGAAUGCUGUGAAAAGUCUUUGCAGUUGGUUGGAUUUGUGGAGCUCAUAGGGCAUUAUGGAGAAAACGGUUUUAUCUGUGUCAGACACGCUCCCUCAUUGGCUGAACACGGGACUCUGUAACCUUCGGACAGCAGCUAUGUUUGGAUGACAGAAUGUUUGCUGUCUUGGCACUCCAUGAUGGACAAAACGUUCUUUCCCUCGUUGCUUUAGAGAUACAAGACUGCAUUGUAUCUUGUCCAGCAGAACUAUUUCAUAACAGGUGGACAUAUCUUCAUUGAAUCUGCUAGUUAUCUAGUUGUAUUCCAGGAUGAUUAUCAACACAGAAGACACGCAAAUUCACCGCAACCGUUGGUGAACUGGCGAAGACCUUCAAAGCAAAGCACAGAUGACUUCUACAGAAAAAAACUGCCAAUGUCAGUGCAUCGAAUCAAGACAUGAAUGUAAAUCAGUCUUACAAUGUCAUAUGUACGCAUUUGUGAGUGAAAUCUGAUUUCUAUGUUGAAGCUAAUACAUAUUCAUGAUAAAAAAUGCUAUUGAAGCUUAUCUACACAUUUAUAUUGUUAUAAAUUCAUCCAGUUAUAUUGUACAAAAAAUCUGUACAUUUCUAUACAUAUUUUUUUCUGUAUGUGUGCUUUCUCCCCUGUAAUAUACAGCUCAAAUGCAUGCGUUAUGUCAUUUUUUUAUACAUGACAAAAUAUAUAAUUUUAACUCUAAUUACCAACAUAUUGCUACUAUUGUUCAUUGAAAUACAUUAUGCACCUUUAUGGUUGACAUGUAUAAAAGGACAUGUAUAUCUGUAAUCAUCUGUCAUUAUCUCAUCCUGAUGCUUCAAAUUUCCCAAUGUUUGCACAAUGUUAGCUAUUGAAUUUGGCUUCUUUGUUUUUUAGGCUCUUGGUUCUUGCAAAAACAUACUGUAGUUACUGUAAGUAGUUUUAUUCUUCAUCAAUUUUUUUAUUUUCUGGCAGUGUCAAGAAACUGUGCGCAAAAGCUGAAAUGUUAUGAAUUUAUUUCAUUUUUCAUAGUUUUAUUAGGAUUUUAAUUGAAGUUGUUGCAACAACUUGCCAACAAUCUAGCUUGCUAACAUUAAAAAUAAGAUUGCACGUUCUUUUAAGGACCAAGUGCAAUGACUGAACAUCUUUGAUCCUGCACCUUCCACAGAAAAUAUUUAUUUAUACAGAUUUAUUUAGACCACUUUACUCUGCGAUUACAAUCAGCAUGUGAAGAGACUUUUAACCAGCAUUAAAAAAAACUUGUUGCUUAGUGUUAUUGUUUCUCUAUGCAUAUUUGCACCAUUGGCACAUAACUUCUGUUAUUUGUGCCUUCCUCACUCAUUUCUAUCCCACGAGCUUUAGCGUAUUAUGGGACUACAGUAUUUAUGGUAAUACUGGCCGGAAAGCUUGGAGCUCUAAUGAUGUUUCGCUUUAAAAUAUUAGAUGUUCCAGCGGUUUUCCUUGCAAAUAUGCAAAGAAGCUUUCGUCAAUAAUUCAGAAGUAAUACAGGUGGACAGUCUAUUAGUUUAUUAGUCUAUUAUUAUUGUAUUUGGUCAUAUAUGUGUUCCCUCUCUCAGAACUGGGUUUUGUAAAGUUUUGGUUUGGUUAUUGGAUGAUGUUAUUACAGUAGUUUUUGGUUUGUGAGAAACAGAAAUGUGUGUCUGCUCAUGAGGAAGUACAGCAGUCUUUCUGUUCAUUAUAGAUACUGUAUGUAUCACAGGCCCCACAUUACAAGAAACAUUUUCCAAUAAUCUACUGUUGACUGGAAAGACAAUACAUACUUUGGUGAUAAAUGUGUUUAUUACAGUGAGCUUUUUCCCUUUACUUUCGUGUUGCUUGCAGGAUUUAAAAUAGGGGAGAUCAGAAACAUUGGACUACUGUUGCCUGUUAAAAAAAAAGUCCAUUGUAUGUAUAUACAUAUAUGAAGAGUUUGUUUCCAAAAUGAGAAAACUCUGUUUUUAAAAAAUUUCACAAAUCAUGUUUUUGUGUUAGUAAGCUGUAUUUUUGCGCUUUCAUGGCUUAAAUCAAAACAAACCAACUGCAGUUUAAUUGAUAUUAAUUGAAAUGCACAAUAAAAAAACAUGAUUUGUGAGUUAUCUCAUUUUUUAAAUAAACUUUUAUAUGCAAUUUUCCUGUACAACAUAAGCUGUUUUGUUACUCUGUCCAUAUUUUUGUGAAAUAAAAAGUAUUUUAUCAGAAGAA